AGGUCGGAGUACUACUCCGUCAUUGUCAUAAUUAUUGUAAACUACUGACCGACUAACAGACAUUAGAGUUAUUCCACACAGCAUACACCAAGUGCAACUCAACAAAGACGAAAAUAGCACGAUUUAAAUCACACCAGCCAGUACCUACCUAUACGGCUAGGACUACUCCUGCUGUUCAGUGAUGUGCGUGCGCCAGUAAUAUUUAAGUAUGGAUAACAGAAAUACAGCAGAUCUCACUGAACCUCUACCGGUACAUAAUUUUGGAAACGACCAACACAGUUACGCAGUGAUCAGAUUGAAAGAGAAAUUGUUACCCGGAACAAGAAUAGUAUUAGUGACAUGGUUAGUAAUUUAUGUAUGCCUCUUAGGAGUGGGGAUUUAUGGGGUUAAGAAAUGCCCCGUCGAGAAAUAUAUUCCUAUGUAUUUAGUAGCAACAGGUGCAAUUGGGCUCCUGUCAAAACUUUUAAACUGCUAUAAGGAUAAAAUUCUGCCUUUCCUGGACGUCUCAUAUAUUUUAACUUGUUUGUACGCCGUGGAAAUUGUUCUGCUUAUUUUUGGUUCCUAUUGGGUCUACAAAGAAUACAAACCGACGUACGACCCAAAAGAUGGCGCUCAGUAUUGUGAUAAGACUGUAUAUCUGGUUGCAUUUGUUUACAUCAGCAUCUUAUACGCGAUCACGGCGAUGGUGGUGUCGGGCUUUUUGUGUUUUUUGAUUUGCAUCUACUUCGUCAAAUCAACAGAGCCGAUUGUAGAUCCAGAAGCACCAAGGGAACCAUAGCUGCUUUAGAUUUUAUAGAAUUGAUCGAUGCUUAGGAAUAUUUUUGUAAUGAAACUAAUUUUAUAUAGAUUUUAUAUGGAUUUUAUACAUUGAGAUUAAUUGUUGCGAAUAUGUGAUAUAAUAGUAAUUAAAAAUGUGAAUGACCAA